AUGUCGACCUCUCUCUGGAGAACCUUACGCAACGUGUACCAGUCCGGCUUGAGAAGAGCGGGGUGGCAGAUCCAGGUCCACAACGACACCAAGCCCGCGGGUGUCCUCCGCGGUGUCGACGACUUCGGCAACAAGUUCUACGAAACCGACGAGCGCACGGAAAUCUUCUUGAGAUCAAGAUGGGUUGAAUACAACGAGUGGGGCGUCGACAUUUCCAAGGUCGAGCCCGGCUGGCAUUACUGGUUAGGGUAUGGGACCAACACCCCGCCCAACCAGGUCGAAGGCAGCGAAAAGGCCACGCGGGCGUACCCGUUGCCCAACAAGCACAAGGACAACAAGACGAACACCCCUGGUGCCUAUGUUGCCUACAACACCGCCAAGCCCAAGUGCCACGCGUGGGAACCUAAGGUCGCCGCCCGGGUCUGA